UAUAAUCAGUAAAAUCCCAUCACCAAACGCUUUCACCUUUUCCAUUUCUCAUCUGCUCUUUCAUCUCAAUAUUUACUUACCAUUUCUUGCUCACCUCCCCGCUUUUAGUUUCCGUACACCUUUUCUACUUCUACUUCUCAACAUCCGAUUCCUUUCGCUUCGUAACAAGCAAUGGCCGACGCAGUUGUUUCUGCUGUAGCGAGUGCAGUCUUGGAGAACUUGAGGCUGCUGGUUCUCAAAGAGGUUGGGCUUGCUCGGGGCCUAGACACCGAGCUUGAGCAUCUCGAAAGCACCUUCGCAAUGGUUCAAGCUGUGCUCCAGGAUGCGGAGGAGAAGCAAUGGAAGAACAAGGCUUUAGAGAUUUGGCUAAGACACCUCAAGGAUGCAGCUUAUGAUGUUGAUGAUGUACUGGAUGAGUUUGCAAUUGAAUCUCAAAGGCAUCGGCUGCAAAGAGAUCCCAAAAACCGACUGAGAUCCCUCUUUACUCUCGGUCAUGGCCCCCUUCUUUUUCGAUUGAAAAUGGAGCAUAAAUUGAAAAAUGUGAGAGAACAAUUGGAUGCCAUCGCCAAUAAGAAAAACAUGUUUGAUUUAACACCAAGAGCUGUAGACAUAGCAGCUGAUACCUAUGAUUGGCGGCUUACCAACUCACUCGUGAAUGAGUCAGAAAUUUGCGGACGACGGAAGGAGAAAGAGGAACUACUCAACAUCCUGCUCACUAAUGACGACGAUCUCCCUGUUUAUGCUAUAUGGGGAAUGGGGGGACUCGGGAAAACAACACUUGCUCAAUUGGUCUACAAUGAAGAAAAGGUUAAACAACAAUUCGGCUUGAGGAUCUGGGUGUGUGUGUCUACUGAUUUUGACUUGAGAAGAUUAACAAGAGCCAUCAUGGAGCCCAUUGACGGUGCCUCUUGUUCUCUUCAAGAAUUGGAUCCCUUGCUACAACGCCUCCAACAAAAGUUAACUGGAAAGAAGUUUUUGCUUGUGCUGGAUGAUGUGUGGGAAGAUUAUACUGAUAGGUGGAGUAAAUUAAAGGAGGUAUUAAGGUGUGGAGCUAAAGGUAGUGCUGUAAUAGUAACUACGCGUAAUGAGAUGGUUGCUCGUAGAAUGGCCGCAACUUUUAUCCAGCGCAUGGGGAGAUUGUCUGCAGAAGAUUCUUGGGAUUUGUUUCAACAGCUUGCAUUCGGGAAGAGAAGGAAAGAGGAGCAGGCACACCUGGAAGCCAUUGGAGUAUCAACAGUGAAGAAGUGCAGUGGUGUUCCUUUAGCUAUAAAGGCACUAGGGAACCUAAUGCGGCUAAAAGAAAGUGAAGAUGAAUGGAUAAAAGUAAAACAAAGUGAGAUUUGGGAUCUAAGAGAAGAAGCAAGCAAGAUUUUACCUGCUUUGAGGUUUAGUUAUACUCAUCUAUCACCACAUUUGAAGCAAUGCUUUGCUUUUUGCGCUAUAUUUCGAAAAGAUCACGUGAUGAGGAGGGAGGAGUUGAUUGCUUUAUGGAUGGCAAAUGGCUUUAUUUCUUGCAGAAAUGAAAUGGAUUUGCACGUUAUGGGUCUUGGGAUUUUCAAUGAACUAGUGGGAAGAUCAUUUCUGCAAGAGGUCCAUGAUGAUGGAUUUGGCAACGUAACAUGUAAAAUGCAUGAUCUUAUGCAUGAUCUCGCACAAUCCAUUGCAGUACAAGAAUGCUAUAUGAGUACAGAAGGCGAUGGGGAAUUGGAAAUUCCUAAAACUGUCCGUCAUGUAGCUUUUUAUAACAGAUCAAUAGCUUCGUCUUCUGAAGUUCUCACGGUCCUAUCACUUCGCUCACUUCUUUUGAUGAAUGCAGGUCUUUUGAAUGGACGGAGAAAGAUUCGUGGUCGAAAACAUCGAGCAUUGAGUUUAAGAAAUGUCUGGGCCAAGAAAAUGCCGAAGUCUAUUUGUGAUUUGAAACAUCUAAGCCUAAUGGGGCAAUUGAUAUACCUCCGAAAACUUACCCUGUUCAUUGUGGGUGGGGAGAAUGGUUGUCGCAUAAGUGAGCUGGAAAGGCUGAAUAAUCUUGCUGGUGAAUUGAGUAUCGCAGAUCUUGUGAAUGUUAGGAAUUUAAAAGAUGCCAGAAGUGCCAAUUUGAAGUUGAAGACAGCUCUUUUAUCAUUGACUUUAUCUUGGCAUGGUAAUGGAUCUUACCUUUUUAGCCCUCGGUCAUUUGUGCCACCACAACGAAGAAAGAGUGUUAUUCAGGAAAAUAACGAGGAGGUUCUUGAUGGGCUUCAACCUCCUUCAAAAUUGAAGAGGUUGAGGAUAUUGGGAUAUGGAGGUUCAAAAUUUCCAAAUUGGAUGAUGAACUUGAACUUCAUGCUACCAAAUCUAGUGGAGAUGAAGCUAAAAGCAUGCUCCAACUGUGAACAACUUCCACCAUUAGGGAAACUGCAGUUCCUCAAGAGUCUUGUAUUGCAUGGAAUGGAUGGUGUGAAGAGUAUUGGCAGUAAUGUGUAUGGAGAUGGGCAAAAUCCAUUCCCAUCUUUGGAGACGCUGACUUUCGAUUCAAUGGAAAGAUUAGAGCAAUGGGCUGCGUGUACUCUUCCUCACCUUCAAGAAUUGAAGAUAGCUUAUUGCCUUGUGUUGAACGAGAUACCAAUUAUACCCUCCGUCAAAAAAUUAGACAUCCAAGGAGGUAAUGUUUCAUUAAUGAUGUCAGUUAGGAAUCUCACUUCUAUCACCUCCCUUUAUAUAAGACAGAUUCCAAAUGUGAGGGAGCUUCCUGGAGGGUUUUUGCAAAAUCAUACCCUACUUGAAAGCUUAAAAAUUGAUUAUCUGCCAGAUCUGGAGUCUUUGUCUAAUAAGGUAUUAGAUAACCUUUCUGCUCUUAAAAGCUUGACGAUUUGGUGCUGUGAUGAACUUGAAAGCUUGCCAGAGGAAGGUCUUCGGAACCUCACUUCCUUGGAGGUUUUGGAGAUACGUUGUUGUGGAAGAUUAAAUUGUCUGCCAAUGAAUGGGCUGUGUGGCUUAUCUUCUCUUCGUAAGUUAUUUGUUGGAUAUUGUGAUAAAUUCACAUCUCUAUCUGAUGGAGUGCAACAUCUGACGGCACUUGAGGAUUUGGAUCUUAGUCAGUGUCCAGAGGUGAAUUCAUUGCCAGAGAGUAUCCAACAUCUCACUUCUCUCCGAUCUCUACGUAUACGAGACUGCAAGGGAUUAGCUUCUUUGCCAAAUCAGAUUGGAUAUCUCACACCCCUUUCACGCUUGGAGAUUGGGUUUUGCCCUAACGUGGAGUCUUUGCCAGAUGGGGUGCAGAGUCUCAGCAACCUCAUCUCGUUGAUAAUUGACAAUUGUCCAAAAUUGGAGAAGAGGUGUCAGAAAGAGAGAGGAGAGGACUGGCCUAAGAUAGCUCACAUCCCAAAGAUUAUAAUAUACUAAAAAGGAAGAUAAUUUCUACUACCUUUCAAGAGGACCAGCUACACUGCUAAGGUUGAUCUCUUUUACUGGUCAGAACCACAGGAAAUCUUUACUGUGUUGCCUCUGGAUAGAAAAUUCAGGAGAUGAUCGUGCUAUGAGGAUUCAGAUGGAGAUGAAGCUGACAAUUAUAUAUGUAUGGAUAGUAUUGGAUGGUUUUCAUUUUGAUAUGUGUUUGUGUUCGAACAUAUAAAAGGUCCUAUGAUUUCUGGAGUGUGGCCCAACUUGUCAGAGCAAUACUAUGAUUUCUGUUCAAGUGUUGUCUGAAUAAAUAUAUUUAUGGGCUGGUUUUAGUGGCCACACAUUACCCAUCCA